AUGUCAGCAACAUUGACGGAAAACGUGCCCGUUCAAGUCUCUUCGCUAGACUCAUCGUCAGACCCUCAUCAAUAUGACUACGACCGGUUACCAACAUACACUCAUCCUCCCGAGACAAACGAAAAGUUAAAUUGGGCAGAGCUUGUAACGCUCGAUCUCUCGGACUAUGAACGAGAAGGUGGCAAGGAACGACUCGCAGCUCAACUCGAGCAUGCAGUCCACCACGUUGGGUUCUUCUAUGUGAAAAACUACGGUCUCUCGCCAGAAGAAGUAGACCAACAAUUCAAACUUGCAAAAUCCUUCUUCGCUCUACCCGUGGAUGAAAAAGCCAAGUAUGAGGUGGACUAUGCAUCAGCCGAUUACAACGGCUGGCGAAGAAACGGUCAUAGAAAAGAAGGCAGUACCAGAGACAAUGUCGAGAUAUACAACAUUCCCAAAUUCACUGCCGAUUUUGAGGGGAAAUAUGCACAGCCGCCACUGCUUCAGGCCCAUAUCAAGGAUAUCGAGCACUUUUCCCGGACUUUGCAUGCAAACGUUGUGCUUCCACUCCUCAGGCUGUUUGCGAUAAUCUUGAGACUUCCGGACGAAGACUUUCUCGUCAACCAGCACACGUAUGAAAAGAAAUCCGAGGACCACUUUCGAUACAUGCUGUACAGAAAACGUACUCCUGAGGAGUGGGAAGCGAGUGGUGGUGGUGUGAGCAACGGACACACUGAUUUAGGGACCGUAACAUUGCUCUUCAGACAACCCAUUGCAGGAUUGCAAAUUCUAGGAGACGACGGGAAUUGGACCUGGGUAUCCGCUCAACCAGGAACAAUUACCGUCAAUCUGGCCGACACGAUUUCGCAUUUGACGGGCGGAUGGUUGAAGAGCUCAGUGCAUCGUGUUGUGACUCCGCCGAAGGAUCAAUGGGCAUAUGACCGCACUGGUCUGUUGUAUUUCGCUCGACCUCAUAACGAUACUGUCCUUAAUCCGAUUCUCGAUUCUCCUGUGCUGAAAGAGGCGGGAGUAAAGCCGCGAUUCGAGACGCCGGUGACGAUGGAGCAAUGGGUCAAGGCAAAGCAGACGUUGCAACUCAACCCGGAAAUCUCUGCCAAAAGAUAUGCGGAGGCGGGAGAUGGUACUGUAGAGGUGCUUGCCGGAUUCAGAGAUCGUAAAUAUAAGGAGUAA